AUGGUGGCUACGGCCAUUAUCGCGUUCGCUGCGGGCCUGUUGUUCUCAGGGGCCAAGUUCAAUUCCUUCCGGGAGGCUGUGGUCAACUCGUACGGAUACAGUGCUACUAAGAAAGACGAUGACUUGUUCGAGACUUAUUCCAGCGACGAUGACUCCAGUGACGAGGACGGAGAUAGUGCGGACCAGUAUAAGCUAAUGCUAUGCGUCAGAAACGACUUGAAGAUGGGCAAGGGCAAGAUGUGCGCGCAAUGCGGGCAUGCCACGCUGGGUCUGUAUCGCAAAUUUGCCAACAGCAGGUUCACGGAAAAGUGGGUCAACUCUGGGCAAGCUAAGAUUGCUGUCAAAAUCAACGGAGAAGAAGAAAUGCUCCGACUCUACAAAGAAGCCAAAGCCAACGGCAUCCCAGCUUUGUAA